ACUAGGAGGAGGAGGAAAACAAGUCCCAGCCCCAGUGUGCGGGCGUCUGUCCAGCAGUGCUGGUCACUGGGAACCGCAGCCCCGCAGCAGCGCAGCCCCUCGGAGCCAUGGGCCCAGCAGCUCUGCUCUCCCUGCUGGCUGCAGCGUGGCAAGUCCAAGGGGUCCCGGUGAUUGAGCCCAGCGGGCCCCAGGUAGUGGUGGUGCCCGGCAUGUCGCUGAGCCUGCGCUGUGUGGGGAACGGCAGUGUGGAGUGGGACGGCCCCAUCUUCCCCCACUGGACCCUGGAUGUUGACGCCCCCAGCAGCACCCUGACCACCACCAACGCCAGCUUCCUGAAUACGGGCACCUACCACUGCACGGAGCCUGGGGACCCACAAGGUGGCAGCGCAAGCAUCCAUGUCUAUGUCAAAGACCCUCUCAGGCCCUGGAGACUACUGGUCAAUGAAGUGACAGUGCUGGAAGGCCAGGAUGCACUGAUUCCCUGCCUGCUCACUGACCCUGAGAUGGAGGGCCAUGUCAAGCUGAUGAGGACACGAAACCGCUCCGUGCUGCGCCAAACCAACUACUCCUUCUCCCCUUGGCAUGGCUUCACCAUCCACAAGGCCAAGUUCAUCGAGAGCCAGACCUACCAGUGUGGCGUGUCAAUGGGCAAGAGGAUGGUGACAUCUCUUGGGAUUGACCUCAGAGUGCAGAGAGUCAUCCCAGGGCCACCCACCUUGACACUGGAGCCUUCGGAGCUGGUGCGGAUCCAGGGAGAGACUGCCCAGAUCGUGUGCUCGGCCAGCGACGUUGAUGUCCACUUCGAUGUCUUCCUCCAGCAGGGAGACACUAAGCUCCCCAUCGCUCAGCAGACGGAUUUCCUCGAUAAGCGUUAUCAGAAAGUCCUGACCCUCAGCCUGGAUCCUGUAGACUUCCAUCAUGCUGGCAAUUACACCUGCGUGGCCACCAACGCGCAGGGCGUCCGCUCCACCUCCAUGGUCUUCCGGGUGGUGGAGGGUCCCUACCUGAACUUGACCACCAAGCAGAACCUGUUCCAGGAGGUAACCGUGGGUGAGAGGCUCAGCCUCAGCAUCGACGUGGAGGCCUACCCAAGCCUGCAAGCUUUUAACUGGACCUACCUGGGACCCUUUCCUGACCACCAGCCCAAGCUCGAUUUCACUACCAAAAGGGAAGCAUACAGAUACAGCUUCAUGCUUAACCUGCCCCGCCUGAAACCCUCGGAGGCUGGCCACUAUUCCUUCCUCGCCAGGAACGCCAAUGGCACCAAGGUCCUCACCUUCGCCCUCACUUUACGAUAUCCCCCAGAGGUUCGCGUCACCUGGGCCAUCAUUAACGGCUCCGAGGCUCUAGUCUGUGACGUCUCUGGCUAUCCCCAGCCCAAUGUGACCUGGCUGCAGUGUGGGGGCCGCAUUGACAGGUGCGAUGAGGCCCGAGGGCAGCUCUUGGAGGACCCCCAGCCCCAGGUCCUGAGCCAGGAGCCUUUCCAAAAGGUGGCGGUGCAGAGCGUGCUGGCGCUGGGGUUUUGGGAGCACAACCGCACGUACGAGUGUCGCGCCAACAAUGAGGCAGGGAACAGCUCCCACAACAUCUGGCCCAUCACAGUUGAAGCCGACUGGCAGCCACUGCAGGAGACCCUCUUCACGCCCGUCCUGCUGGCCUGCAUGUCGGUCACGGCCGUGCUUCUGCUGCUGCUGCUGCUGCUGCUCUACAAGUAUAAGCAGAAGCCCAAGUACCAGGUGCGCUGGAAGAUCUUGGAGAGCUAUGAGGGCAACAACUACACCUUCAUCGACCCCAUGCAGCUGCCCUACAAUGAGAAGUGGGAGUUUCCCCGAAACAACCUGCAGUUUGGAAAGACCCUCGGGGCUGGCGCCUUCGGGAAGGUGGUGGAGGCCACAGCCUUCGGGCUGGGCAAGGAAGAUGCAGUGCUGAAGGUGGCAGUGAAGAUGCUGAAGUCCACGGCUCACGCAGAUGAGAAGGAGGCACUCAUGUCAGAGCUGAAGAUCAUGAGUCACCUGGGCCAGCAUGAGAACAUUGUCAACCUGCUGGGCGCCUGCACUCACGGAGGUCCUGUUUUGGUCAUCACCGAGUACUGCUGCUACGGGGAUCUGCUCAACUUCCUGCGGAGGAAGGCCGAGGCCAUGCUGGGGCCCAGCCUGAGUCUGGGCCAGGAGCCCGAUGUGGUUUCUGGCUACAAGAACAUCCACCUGGAGAAGAAAUACGUUCGCAGGGACAGUGGCUUCUCCAGCCAGGGCUUGGACACCUACGUGGAAAUGAGGCCCGUCUCUACUUCUUCAAGUGACUCCUCCGAGCAAGAUCUGGACAAGGAGGCAGAGCGGCCGCUGGAGCUGCAGGACCUGCUGCACUUCUCCAGCCAGGUGGCCCAGGGCAUGGCUUUCCUGGCCUCCAAGAACUGCAUCCACCGGGACGUGGCGGCCCGGAACGUGCUGCUCACCAGCGGGCACGUGGCCAAGAUCGGGGACUUCGGCUUGGCUAGGGACAUCAUGAACGAUUCCAAUUACAUCGUCAAAGGCAACGCCCGCCUGCCCGUGAAGUGGAUGGCGCCUGAGAGCAUCUUCGACUGCGUGUACACAGUGCAGAGCGACGUCUGGUCCUACGGCAUCCUCCUUUGGGAGAUCUUCUCCCUCGGGCUGAACCCCUAUCCGGGCAUCCUGGUGGACCGCAAGUUCUAUAAGCUGGUGAAGGAUGGCUACCAAAUGGCCCAGCCCAUGUUCGCCCCGAAGAAUGUGUACAGCAUCAUGCAGGCCUGCUGGGCCCUGGAGCCCACCCACAGACCCACCUUCCAGCACAUCUGCUCCCUCCUGCAGGCGCAGGCCCAAGCGGAUGCAACAGCACCGGACUACACCAACCUGGCGGGCGGCAGCGAGCCCGAGGAGGAGAGCUCCAGCGAACAGCUGGCCUGCUGCGAGCCGGGGGACCUCGGCCAGCCCCUGCUGCAGCCCAACAACUACCAGUUCUGCUGAGGGGCCCCCAGCACCCCGCACCCCUCAAAGCGCCUCUCCUCCAGGGACAGGUGCCGUGGGGAGAGGAGAUGCUCUGCUCCGGUCAUCAGCGGGCCAGCCCCGCCCCCAACUCAGGAAGGUGGGACCCGCAGGUGGCCAGAGCAGAGCCCCGGAGCCUGGGCCAACACUGCCAGUCAGGGGCCGGGGUUGAGCCCCCCACCCCCACCCCACCCCAGGGUCCUCACUGCCGUGCCAACUGGAUAAGCCCCUGCUCAGCCUCUUGCCCGUGCCCCCACCCCCCAGACAGGGACUGGAAUGCAUUACGACCCUCCCCCAGAGCUGCCCCCACUGGAGACGGGGCUCCUCCUGGUCUGCCCCGUGACCCUCCACCCCACUGCUGCAGUGAGUUGGGGGUACAGCCCAGUGCCCCCACCAUUCUGAGCCAGAAGGCCGGGGACCCACGUGGCUGGCCAGAGCGCACAUCCCCUGCUGACUCAUGUUGACUCACAGUCCCGAUGCCGGCUAUUA